AUGAAGACAGAAAAUGGAUUAACUGAUUUAUCACAACUUGAUAAAGAAGACGUUGAUCGUGCCUUGAGAAUAACAUCUAAUGAUGAUUUAUUUGAAAAUGACCAAAGAGAUAGAAAAGUUAAAUUUGAUGAUAAUAUUAAAACAGUAAAUGAUGAAGAUGUAAAUGAUGAAGAUAAAAUUGAGUUGGAUCCAAAUGGUUGGGAAGAUGUUGAUGAUAUAAAUGAAUUAAUCCCAAAUGCAAAUAGUAUAGCUCCAGAAGGUUAUCAACUUAAUCAAGACAACGACGACGAUGAUGAUGAUGAAGAUAAUAAUAAUACAGUUCAUUUUACUAAACCAAAACAAGAUGAUUUAGAUCUUAAUGAUCCUGAUUUUUUUGAUAAAUUACAUGAAAAAUAUUAUCCUGAUUUACCAAAAGAAACUGAAAAAUUAUCAUGGAUGACUCAACCAAUGCCAAAACUUACAACAACUACAUAUGAAUCAAUAUCAGAUAUGAGAUUUGAUUUUAAAGGUAAUUUAAUUGAAUUAAAUCUAGAAGAAGAAGAAAAGCAACAACAACAAAAUGAAUCAAUUAAUAAAGAAAUUCCUACAUAUUUUGGAUUACAUCAUCAUUCAGAUAAUCCACAUAUGGCAGGUUAUACAUUAACUGAAUUGGCCCAUUUGGCAAGAUCAACAUUAGCUGCUCAAAGAUGUAUAAGUAUUCAAACAUUAGGAAGAAUUUUACAUAAAUUGGGAUUACAUAAAUAUAGCAUACUUCCAAUAUCUGAUCAAGAUGAACCAAUAAAUGAAGAAUUACAACAAUUAUUGAAUAAUUUUGAAAAUAUGAUGUGGGAUUUAAUUGAUGAAUUACGUAUAAUUGAAACAAUAACUGAUGCUGCUGAUGAAAAGAAAACUACUAAUUUAUCAGUUAGAAAUUAUGCUAUUGAAGCAUUAUGGUUAUAUAAAUCUGGAGGUGGUAGACCUAAACAAAAUUCUAAAAAUGAAUUAGAAGUAAUUACAGAAGCUGUUCAACAAUUAUAG